CUCCCUCCGCAGCCUUAAAUCCCUUAUAGCUCACGCCGACCGACUCCCCCCUCCCUCCGCCGAUCUCAGCCAUUCCCCUCCUUCGAGCGACCCCAAAUCGCGUUCCUCCGCCGCAUCUCCUUCCCCUCCUCCCCCUCUCCGUUGGCCUCCUCUCUGUGGAUAUCUCCCGCCUCCUCCGCCGCAGAUAAGCCCAAAUCCCCUUCCUCCUCCUCCUCAAUGCCCCCUUCAAAGCCCUCUCCCUCUCCCCCGCCGCCGCCCCAGACGCCCACUGCCUCUUCUCCCUCUUUCUUUCUCCCGAUUCUUCACUCUGUAAUAAUUAUUAAAUUAAGAAAGGAAUUAAAUUAAAAGAAGGAAUGGAGAAGGGGGAAAGAAAUGGGGCUCCCGAACCGACUCCACGACGCCUCCAGCGACUCCAUCCCGAUCCUUCUCGUCGUGGCGGCCGCCGGGUGGGUCUCCUACCUCCGCUCCCUCCUCCUCUGCCUCCUCCACUCCCUCGGCCUCCAACGCCUCCACCCCUCCUCCGCCGCGGCCGACGAUCCCCUCUUCUCCGCUGCCGGGUCCGGCCUCGCCGGACUCGUCGUCGUGGCCUCCUCCGGACGCCCCUUCGCCUACGAGGCCUUGCCGUCGGCGGCCGCGGAGGGGGAACGAGAUGAGCCGGGCUGCGUGGUGUGCCUCUGCGAGCUCGCCGACGGCGACCGGCUUCGGCGGCUGGAUUUGAGUAACAGGUUCAUGAAGGCACUGCACCUCUUUAAAGUGAUGCAACUGGAGAAGAGUGCAAAGCCCAUUGGGUUGGUGGAUGAAGGGUGCAGGUACUUUGUGAAUAUGUCAAAAGUUUAUGGGGUUCAGCCUGAGAUGAAGCAUUAUGGUUGCAUGGUUGAUUUGUUGAUUCGAGCAGGGUUGUUGGAAGAGGCAGAAGGGAUCGUCAGAAGCAUGACAAUGAAGCCAGAUGUGAUGCAGAAGACAUUAGAGAAUUUCAAGAACAUUAUCCUAUUAUCUUCGCCACAGGUUUAAGACUUGGAGGAAGGAUACUUGCCGAUGAAACUGGGACAGAGUUAGUAUUGAAAGAGAGACCUGGAUUUUGACUUCAAUCCAUUUACAGAAAAUAGAAUUUUCUUCAGCCAUCUUGCUUUCUCUUAGUGCUGGUUAUUUUAUCCUCCCUUCUUGAUCUGGCCAUAGCUGUGGACAUGUUGUACUCCUAAUGUUUAUAGUCAUCAUCUGACCAAAGAUAUUUAUAUACUACAAACAAGAGAAGUUCAUGGUUCUGUUGGUUCUUCUGGUGGUCCUGAUGUGGUGCUGACGGUCCUACUAUAGUUCUCAAAAAGUAAUUGAUCCUUAGGUCUACCUAAACCAUCUUUUUAGCUUUAUAAUUAGCAUCUAAUUUUGCAAUUAUCAUCUGACACAGGACAUUUGUACUAAUGCACUAUAAAGUAAUGUAUGAUAGAACUCUCAUGUAGCAAUGAGUUGUUGAUGCUCUGCACAUUGCUA